AUCAUUUUAUUUUUAACUAUAAAUAUUAAUUUUUUUUUCACUUUAUAAACAUGAAUUCAAGUUACUUGCAUUUGUGUUCACAACUUUAAAUUCUUUAUUUUACCCUCCCCAGAAAGGAAAAACAAUUUAGUAAUAUUUACUUUUCAUGGUAAAACCCCGCCACUUAAAAACAUUCAUCUUCACUGUUUCACCAAAACCCUAACUAGAAUGGACGAAACCCUAACGGACCAGUCGCCGGCGGCGAUUGCGGCGGAAAGUGCAGGGCAAGCACCUUCCGUUGACGGAGGAGGAGUGAGUGAAGAAUAUAGAAGCCCAGAAGAGUUGGUAGCUAAAGCAAUAGCACCUGUAAAAAGAGAGUAUCUUCGGCCUCCACCUUGUAGACCUUCUAACAAUAAUGAUAGCAGUGUUGGAGUACAAAAUGAUGAUGCAGCUGAGGCCAAAAGUGCUCAUAUUGUUAAGGAGAAGAAAUCCAAACGCCAAAUUAAGCGCGAUCGCCAAAAGGAACUAAAAUCUCCAUUGCAUAUCUGUCCUGUGGUGGCCAAAUCAGGAAAAGUUAGUGCGUGCCCAUAUAAUGACAAAUGCCGGUUUAGUCAUGAUUUGGAAGCUUUUAAAGCUGAGAAACCAACUGAUAUAGAGGGUAGUUGCCCUUUCCUGGUUUAUGAAGGGCCAUGCCCGUAUGGAGUGGGUUGUAGGUUUGCAGGGACACACAGAGAUGAUGUUUCAGCUCAAACUGAGAAUUUGCCGGUAAAGAGUUCUGAAGUAAAUUUUUUCAAUAAGGACACUCAGAAACUUCUGUGGAAAAACAAAAUGAAGUUUCCCAAGGCUGAAGCCACUCUCAAACUUCUUAGACUUAAGGGCAAUCCUAAAGAUAAAACAUUGGCUGAUACAGAGGAAAAUGGCCAAGUUGUGCCAAAAGAGCCAGCCACUGACACCAAAAUAAACAGCAGUGAAGUUGCUGCUGACAGUAUCCCUCCUUCCAUUUCACCAGAAGAUGAUUUAGAUGAAAAUAAUUUGGCUGAUGAUAUUAGACCUUUAAAGAAGGCAAAGUCAUCUGUCAAUGAAAUUUGUUCUUCCCAAGUUAGCAAUGGUUCAGGUGUCCAGGGGGAAGUUCUUGGCAGCAACUGUGAUGUGAAUAAAUCAGAGCCUACUGCUGAUGCGGUUACAGAUUCUGAUAAAAGCCUAAAAUUGCACCACCGUGAAAAAAAGCUUAUUGAUUUUAGAGACAAACUCUAUCUUGCGCCUUUGACCACAGUUGGGAAUCUGCCUUUUCGGAGAGUUUGCAAGGUGCUCGGAGCUGAUGUUACAUGUGGUGAGAUGGCAAUGUGCACAAAUCUUUUGCAGGGCCAAGCAUCUGAGUGGGCACUGCUAAGACGGCAUUCAUCUGAGAAUUUGUUUGGUGUUCAGAUUUGUGGGGCAUAUCCAGACACUGUUACAAAGACUGUUGAGCUUAUAGAGCAAGAAUGCUCUGUGGAUUUCAUUGAUAUUAACAUGGGAUGCCCUAUCGAUAUUGUAGUUAACAAGGGUGCUGGAUCAGCUCUUCUUACGAAACCAAUGCGAAUGAAGAGUGUAGUAGAAGCUGCUUCUUUAACAGUUGAUACGCCGGUAACUAUCAAGGUAAGAACUGCUUAUUUUGAGGGGAAAAAUCGCAUUGAUUCUCUAAUAGCAGAUAUUGGUAAUUGGGGUGCAAGUGCAGUAACCAUACAUGGUAGAUCACGUCAACAGCGCUACAGUAAGCUUGCUGACUGGGAUUACGUCUACCAAUGUGUACGAAGGGCCCCUAAGUCUUUACAAGUCCUUGGAAAUGGUGAUGUAUUUUCUUAUUUAGACUGGAACAAGCACAAAACUGAGUGCCCUGAGCUUUCUACGUGUAUGAUUGCUCGAGGUGCUUUGAUAAAGCCGUGGAUAUUUACCGAAAUCAAGGAACAGAGGCACUGGGACAUUACAUCUGGGGAGCGGCUAGAUAUCUUGAAGGAUUAUGCACGAUUUGGCCUUCAACACUGGGGUUCCGAUUCAAAAGGAGUGGAAACAACAAGGCACUUUUUGUUGGAGUGGCUUAGUUACACUUGUCGGUAUGUUCCAGUUGGCCUGUUAGAUGUUAUUCCACAAAGAAUAAAUUGGCGACCACCCUCAUACUACGGUAGGGAUGACCUCGAGACACUAAUGGCCUCUGAUUCUGCUGCUGACUGGGUAAGGAUCUCCGAGAUGUUACUUGGCAAGGUUCCUGCUGGCUUUUCGUUUGCACCAAAACACAAGUCCAAUGCUUACGACAGGGCAGAGAACGGUUAAGAUCAUUUGUUGGCUGUUGCUGAUGGAUCUGAUACUAAUCUUUGCUGCGCCUCAGCGACCUUUCCUCUCUCGAGAUCAGCGGCUUAUUUAUCAUUUGAUGCUUGAAUUAAAUCAAGUGCGAGGUUGAUUGUCAUUUAUAAUAGCAUAUUGUAAGGCUUUUAUGUGGCAGUUAAGAUUUUGUUUAUUCAAAUCAAUGUUAUUGUUGCAUUCUAAUGGAGGAAUAAAACAGAUUUUUUGAUUGAUAUUCAACUGCAAAGAUUAACCAGCUUUGUAACUUAUCAAAAAUGCUCAUUUGGGAACCGUGAAUUGUAUUUGUAGGAGACAUGAUGUAUAAUUUUAUAUGAAAUCAAUUAAGUGUCUACUGAUAAUCAA